GCGGGCCGCGCGGGGCGGGGCGCGGACGGGGAUCGCGGGGGCGGAAGGGCCGGAGCCCGCGGGGUCUCCGAGCGGCUCUGGCUGCGGGUUAGGCAGGAGGCGAGUCCGUGGUUUCCCGGGACUUUCUGGGCUUCGCUUGGCGGGAGGCCCACCCGCCCGCCGGCCCCGGUGCAGACGCCUGCGAGCCGCCGGCCGCGGGCGAAGGAAGACGCCCCCGAACGAGGCGCCGCCUCCGCGCGCCCGCCGCGCCGCCGGGGCUCCGCUGCCAUCAUGUCCAGUUUCGAAGAUGCUGACACGGACGAGACCCUGACUUGCCUCCGGGUCACGGCUUACCACCCGGGCCAGAUGCAGACUGGGGUAUUCCAGUCGAUAAGGUUUCACAACCGAGAGAAACGGCCGUCCUGCGAAGUGCUGAGAUUUGGCCGGAAUUCCAACGUCUGUCAGUAUAUUUUUCAGGACAAACAGGUUUCCCGAGUUCAGUUUUCCCUGCAACUGUUUAAAAAGUUUGAUAGCUCAGUUCUCUCUUUUGAAAUUAAAAAUAUGAGCAAGAAGACCAGUCUGAUUGUGGACAACAAGGAGCUGGGCUACCUAAAUAAAAUAGACCUGCCGUACAAGUGCAUGGUCAGGUUUGGCGACUACCAGUUCCUGAUAGAGAAGGAGGAGGGAGAGUCCCUGGAGUUCUUCGAGGUUCUGUUCAUGAUGUCUCCAAGAUCACUCUUGCAAGAACACAACUGGCCGGCGCAUCCGCCUGUUCCCGAGUAUUCCAGUGUCUCGUCCUGCUCCACCGGGAGCACUUCUCCCAUAGAAAUGGAUGAAAAUGAAGCAUGAACAUGGACGGCAAGAGGAGAACUGAGGAUGGAGAGCUGUUGUAGACCCCCUGCAGAUACUCCCUUGGUUGUGUGCAUUAGUGUGGUAUCUUCCUGUCAUGUUAUGCUGUCAAAUUUGGGGUCUAGUGCAACCAUUUUGAAGUCUGUUUGUGUUAGACAUCGACUUGGUCACUUGCUGCAUUCCUGCAUGUAUUGAGGAUAAUUUUAAGUGUACAUCUGUUGAAAGUUAAUGUAUACAAAGAAAGUAUACAUUCUUUGUGAUGAAGAGAGUUCUCAAAUAAAGUUACACUAGUUUUCUUUUUAUGCUU